UCUGGGGGAAGUGGCCCAGGAUAGGCAGCAGGUACAGUACGGGGAGGGCUGUGGAUUUCUGACUCGGCCAAAGUCCUGCAGAGCAGGUAGAGCAGAAUAGGAGGAGAUUACACCUGGCUGGAGGCGGGCAGAGGAGAAACAGGAAGGGGGAAGCUUUCCCAUAUCAGAUCCCUGGAGAGUCCUCUGAGACCCAUGAAUUAUCCCAGCACUCACACCAGAGGAAACUUUGUCACUCUGACGCUGAAUAUAACCAGGAGUGUAGCCCCCUCCUGCAAAGAAUCACACUACUACUUCUGCUGUUCAUAGAGAUGAACAACACAGUGUCUGUACAGUUUUCGGCAAUGGAGGCAAAUGUAUCGAAUUCUACUCUGAAUCCCAACCCAGGUCAGACAACUCUUGGCAGCCUCAUAGAUUUAUUGAAUGUGAACACUGAUACUGGAUCUCCACAGCAGACGGUUUCCAAUACUUCUGCAGAUGGCGAUCAGUUAUUCCUGACAACGGCUGCAGCAAAAGGAAUCGCAGGAGUGUUUGUUUGGACCGCUCUGUUGCUAACUUGUCACCAGAUCUACCUUCAUCUCAGAAAUUACACCAUUCCAAAUGAGCAGCGUUAUAUCAUCCGGAUCCUGUUCAUCGUGCCGAUUUACUCCUUCGACUCCUGGCUCAGCCUCUUACUCAUUGGCAAUGACCAGUACUAUGUGUAUUUUGACUCAGUCAGGGAUUGUUAUGAAGCAUUUGUCAUAUACAGUUUUCUCAGCCUCUGCUUUGAGUAUCUCGGUGGAGAGAGUGCCAUUAUGACAGAGAUUCGGGGGAAGCCUGUGAAAUCCAGCUGUUACUACGGCACCUGCUGUCUCCAAGGAAUGUCAUAUUCUAUUGGCUUUCUCCGAUUCUGCAAACAGGCCACCCUACAGUUCUGCAUAAUAAAACCCAUCAUGGCAGUUGUCACAAUCAUCCUGCAAGCUUUUGGGAAAUAUCAUGACGGGGAUUUUAAUGUUCAGAGUGGCUAUCUGUACAUUACAAUCAUCUACAACUUCUCAGUCAGCCUGGCUCUAUACGCUCUGUUUCUCUUCUACUUUGCCACCAAGGAACUGCUGCAUCCGUUCGAGCCUGUGCUAAAGUUCCUCACGAUAAAAGCGGUCAUCUUUCUAUCCUUCUGGCAAGGGAUGCUCCUGGCAAUACUGGAGAGAUGUGGUGCAAUUCCAGAGGUCCAGAUCAUUAAUGGCAAGCCAGUAGGUGCUGGAACAGUGGCUGCUGGCUACCAGAACUUCAUCAUUUCCAUAGAAAUGCUGUUUGCAGCCAUUUCCCUGCGUUAUGCCUUCACCUGCCAGGUUUACAGAGAGAAAAAAGAGAAUUCAACAGCAAAUGUGGCACCCAUGCAGAGCAUCUCCAGUGGUUUAAAGGAGACCAUGAGCCCCCAUGAUAUUGUACAAGAUGCAAUCCACAACUUCUCGCCAGCCUACCAGCAGUACACACAACAGUCCAUGCAGGAUUCUGAGCACAAAGCACAAGGACAGAACGGGCACACAGGAGCCAGCAAUGGGCACUCCAGCAAAAAGAAGAAACAAAAUGAGAAAAUGAUGCUUAUUAUAUCAGACGACGAGCUCUAGAGCUUGCUAAAUGAACGAGUCUUUCUACACCCAGUUAUUGCAACUGGUUUUGUUUACAGACAAUUCAAGCAUAUGGAUUUGGUAAAGGACCCAUUCAGUAAGUGGGAUACAAGUCCACCCGGAGUGUACGCAAACUGUUGUAUAAAUAUUUCGCUCGGCUGCAUUUCAUGACCUAUGACCUGUGACCAUGCCAUGUAUGGCGCAACCUAAUUGUUAAUAAUCACACCUGUAGCCAAAUGUAUUUUGUUCAUUUCUGAGGUGUAUUGCUUUUGUGCCUAGAAGACCAUUUAUUGUUCUUCUUUUGUGUGUAUUUGUAAUAACUUUUAAUGCCAAAUAAUUAUUAGACCUUUUGUGUAAACAAUUGGAUUACUUUCUCUUCUGCAAUCCAAAAGCAUAUUUUUGAAGCCGAAUGUGACCUAAUUUAUGAUAUCAUUGAAUCUGCGCCCAAGGACAGUUUUGCUGCUGGAGUCGUCGUUAACAGUUUACAUUGAGAUUCUCCUCACACUCGACAAUAACAGAUUCAGAAUAGUAAUGGGACGAUGCGUCAAAGUCAUUUCAUAUCAUCUGCUACUCAUAGCACCAAAUGUUUCACAGAAGAUGGAUAUGAGGAUUCAUGGGAGUAUUGUGUGGUUUUGUGUCUUUUGUCUUCUGAACUGUUGGACAAUUUGAUUAACACAAAACCCAGGAUUGGACUUGCUGUCACGUUCCACUGGACCUCAGUAAAGAUGUUAAACUGUUUUAUAAUAA